AUGAAUGGAAAGAAGGGAAGUUGUCAUCAUCAUGUUGAGAUCAACAUACCACCAUUAACAUUCAUGCCAAAGGCGCUUACCAAAUCCGAGAAGGGAGCAUCAUCAUCAUCAUCCACAAUCUCGUCGUCGUGCCAAGCUUGGACCAGGAGGUUGUGGGAAUUUGUGAGAGAAGACAGCAAUCGAGUCACAUUCGCAUUCAAAGUUGGACUAGCUGUUCUACUUGUGUCAUUGCUCAUUUUAGUCAGAGCACCUUAUGACAUCUUUGGCACCAACAUCAUCUGGUCCAUCCUCACUGUUGCUAUCAUGUUUGAAUACACUGUUGGUGCAACGUUCAAUCGAGGAUUCAAUCGCGCACUUGGAAGCUUGCUAGCUGGUGUACUGGCCAUUGGUGUUGGUCAGCUAGCUCUAUACUCGGGGAGGGUUGCAGAACCCAUCAUAAUCGGCAUUACCAUCUUCUUAGUUGGUGCUAUUACAUCGUUCAUGAAGCAAUGGCCAUCACUAGUGCCAUAUGAGUAUGGAUUCAGGGUCAUUCUCUUCACCUACUGCUUGAUCAUAGUCUCCGGAUACCGGAUGGGGAACCCAAUUCGAACAGCCAUGGACCGGCUUUACUCGAUCGCCAUUGGAGGGUUCGUAGCGGUUCUUGUGAAUGUUCUAGUUUUCCCCAUCUGGGCAGGGGAGCAACUCCACAAGGAGCUUGUUGCUAGCUUCAAUGCAGUUGCAGAAGCUCUUGAAGAAUGUGUUGAGAAAUACUUGGAAGAUGAGGGGCUAGCUCAUCCAGAGUUCACCAAGACAGUGAUGGAUGAGUUCUCGAACGAGCCGGCUUACACGAAAUGUAGAAGCACAGUCAAUUCCUCUGCAAAACUUGAAUCCUUGGCGAAUUCGGCGAAAUGGGAGCCGCCACACGGCAGGUUUAGGCACUUCUUCUAUCCAUGGUCAGAGUAUGUGAAAGUUGGAGCAACGCUGAGAUACUGUGCUUACGAAGUCAUGGCACUUCAUGGUGUUCUUCACUCUGAAAUUCAGGCACCAUAUAAUGUGAGGAUCACAUUCAAGUCAGAGAUUGAAGACGCAGUGACGAAAGCCACGGAGGUGAUUCGGGACUUGGGGAAGGAGAUCAGCAACAUGAAGAGAAUUGGCGACACCAUCAGAAGUUCGUUGCUAAAAGGGGUCCAUAAUUCGGCCGAGCGGCUUCAACGCGCCGCCGUUGCUAAAGCAUUACCGCCGACCAAUGGCGACGAAAAUGAUGAUAAAAUGUCGUCGCAGUUGAUUGUAGGGAACUUUGAACAGCAGAAGGCGGCGCUUUCGGUGGCGACUUUCACUUCGUUGCUAAUUGAGUUCAUGGCGAGGUUGGAUCACCUGGUGGAAGCCGUCGAUGGGCUUGCCGACUUGGCCAAAUUCAACUGUGAAGAGGUUUUAUAA